AUGAAAUCCAAGAAUAGAUCACAAUGGCCAAGAAGAUCAAAUUUUGUGCAGAACUUGUACAUACUUCUGUUAUUCCUCUUCUUGAAACUCUUUGUUCUUGUUCAAUGUUCUAAUAAUAACAGCCUUACGAAAUCAUUAGAUGUUAUUCUUCAUGAACAUGCUUUCAAUACUUUGAUCCAUCAACAUACUGGAUCUUUAUAUAAUGCUACUGUUCCUUCAAGUCUAGCAGGAAUGAAACUCACAUUAGUGAGGUUAAGAAGCAGGACAUUGUGGGAAAAAGGUGCAAACUUCAGUGGAUUUUCAAUUCCUCCAAGAACAAUUCCAGUGCCUUAUGUCAAAAGAAUCCAUAUCGUGUACAACGAUAUGGGAAACUUGUCUGCUCAAUACUUCAACAUAUCAGGUUACAAUCUCUUGACUUCUGUUAUUGGUUUCAUUGUUUAUGAUGCACCAUCACAUAUUAGCACCAUCACAAGUCUUAGAAAGCUUGAUCUUAGACCAAUGAGACAACCUAUAUCGAUCGAGUUCAAGAAUUUAACAGAGAUGAUCAAGGGAAGAAGCACAACAAAGUACUGUGCAAUGUUUGAUGAAAAUGGAAAAGUUUCACUUAGUGAAAUGAGGUUUCCCAACUUGUGUUACACAAGAAAUCAUGGUCAUUUCACUAUAGUGUUACCUUCAGAGACAAGGAAGAAGAAGAGAAUAUGGGGUUUUUUGGUUAUCGGUUUCGUUAUCGGGCUGUUAGGUGUGGGAUUGGUGGCUGUUGUAGGAAGGAUGGUGUUGGGAGUUUAUAAAUCCAAGAGAACGUGUGAAAUGGAAAGGGAAGCAGAAGAAGGUGAGAUUUUGGAAAGUGUUAUGGUUGGUAGAAGCAAAAUGCCUGUUGCUAUGGUUGCAAGAACUCACCCAGUACUUGAAGGACCAUGUUUUCCAUAG